GAUCAUGAUGUUUGUUGCUCAAGAUCACCUGGUGGAAGGCUAUGUGCAUGUAUUGUUAAUAACCACUGGCAGCGUCGCUUCUGUCAAAGUCCCCCUCAUCGUCAAGGAACUCUUAAAGUAUGACAAAGUGAAAGUCCAAGUUAUCUCUACUGGCCCAUCACUAGCGUUUUUUAAGCGGGAGGACAUCGAGGACGGAGACACGAGAGUAUGGACUGACAAGGAUGAAUGGCCGGCCUCAUUCAAAAUUGGCGAUCCAAUUUUACACAUUGAAUUGAGGCGUUGGGCUGAUGUAGUGCUAGUAGCGCCCUGCUCAGCCAACACGUUAGCCAAAAUCGCGCACGGUUCGUGCGACAAUCUUGCGACUUCGCUAAUGCGAGCUCUGGCACCCACCACACCGACAUACAUCUUUCCUGCAAUGAAUACAUUGAUGUAUGAUCAUCCCCUAACAGCCGAGCAUCUUCGGAUUGUUCGUGAUGUAGUCAAAUACAAUGUCGUUGGUCCGAUAGGGAAGGGUCUUGCAUGCGGAGACGUUGGUCUAGGUGCAAUGACUGAAUGGCGCGAUAUUGUACGCAUAGUAGUAGAGAAGUUCCAUUUACGCCUUGGCGCGUAAUACAGUGAUAAAGUAAUGACUUCUAAAUUAAAUGACUCACACUCAUGCUUCCAGAAUACCGGUAUUCUUCCAUCGCUCCCAUAGCAGUCCGACCCCAACGGGCGCAUUUAUAUCCCCUUUGAUUUCCUUGACAUCCAAUAGCUCAUACUUCC